GGUUAUGUGAGAGAGAGAGAAAAGUGGCAGCCCUGCAGACGGGGCAUUGUUUACAUUUUGCCCCACGUGAAAUAAUCUUUCAUAUCAAUAGAAAAAAUUGCUGUGGUUGAGAAAAUUAGUUAGGACGGAAAUGAAUAAGUCCGUGGAGAUUGCAAUAACGUGUGAUUUGAGUGGUGCGAUGUUCACGUGCUGCGUGUGGGAUGCUAAAACAGGGAAUCACCUCACAGUGUACCGCGGCGGUGGGGCCGUGAACCCGCGGUGCGUGUCACUCGUUGAGAGUAAAUUCCUCAUCACGGCGGACGCGCAGAAGCCCCUGCUGCACAUCUGGCCCAUCAAUAGCCAGGAGCAGGUGAAGAAUAAGCGUUUCGUGACGCCGGGAUGCGUGUCAGCGCUCGCGGUGUCACCCGAUGGGUGCUUCGUCGUCGCGGCGGUGGCAGAGGUCGUCUAUGUGUGGCACUUCCCCACGGGGAAGAUGGUGACGUCGGUGGGGCGUCACUUUCAGGCUAUUACGGUGAUAAAAUUCCACCAGAAUGGGUCGCAUUUCGUCACAGCGGGCCAGGAUGGGAUGAUACUCGUGUGGACGUUGGCACGAUGCGUCGAUCUCGACCGCAGCGUGACAAUUGAGCCGCUGUACAAAUUCACACACCACUCGCUUCCAGUCCAGGAUGUCCACGUGGGCGUUGGCACGGCGGGCACACUCAUCUAUUCCGUCUCCACCGAUAGGACAUGCAAAGUCUAUGAUUUCUCCAGUGGGACCCUCGUGAUGGAUCUCGUAUUCCAGGAAUCCCUGACAGCCAUCACGGUGGACAAGGCGGAAUCCCGGGCGUGCGUUGGCACAGCCGAGGGUUCCAUCUACGAGGUGAAACUAAUGGCCCCACCGCGAUCGCGGGAAAUCCACAUGGAUUCCAAUGAUGUCCGGAGUGUGUUCAUGGGGCACACGGGCUCCGUGACGUGCCUGUCCAUCAGCUUGGACGGUGUAAACCUACUGUCCGGCGGUGAGGACACCAAUGUGUGCGUGUGGCACAUUCCCACCAAGCAACUCAUUCGGAUUAUCUCCCACAAGGCCGCCGUGACCAAUGCUUUCUUCACCCUCACGCCCUUCACGAUGUUCGACGAGGAGGUGGAGCACCAGCUGGCCACGGGCACCUUCCAGCGCAUGAUGGAGACAGUGGAGAAAUUUGAGGAGCUCACAAUCGACGUGGAGGCUCCCCCCGAGGAUGCGGUAGCCACUCAGAAUGCCGCCUCGACGUCCCAGCACACCGUAAGUGAUGCCAACAGCAUGGGCGAUGCUCAAAAGCACGAGUACUACAUCCGGCAGUUGCGGAAAAUCAAUACGGAUCUCUAUAAAUACAUUGUUGAUAAUCAAUUGGGAAAAUAAAUUCCACAUUAAUGCUUAA